AGCCGACUAUCGCCACCUUUAGCCGACUAUUAGCCGACGGUCGCAGUUGCCUCUGUUGUUUGUUUACAUUCCGGACUGCUUUGUUUACUACGCCGUCUUUCGAUCGCGUUCGUGACUCGCGUGAAGUGAUCGUGCUUGUGAAUCGCGCGUUUUGUGCAAUUUAUGCUCGUGGCAAAAAUGCUGAACGAAGAGGUCGACGAUACGGAGUUCUUCCAGCAGGACUUUACGACCGCCUCGGACUGGGAACUGUUCAAUGCUCGGCUCGAGGAGAUCUUCCACGAGUGGAAAUUGUCCUUUGGCCAGACUGGCUUCCGUGCUCUGCAGCACCACGAGCUGGUCCGUUGCGAAUGGAAUGUGCAGCGUGAAUUGAUCAAAUUUGCGGACGUAGAGCUGGAGGUGGCACACUACCGGGCCAUCCUUCCGGAGGGACCACAGCCGGUGGCAGCACCGUCCAGCCAAGCACCUGCUGGAUGCCAAGCGUUCGUGGAUCUCAUGUCGAUCGAGAACGAUUACUGUGUGGCCGUCGGUGGGCAGGUGGCUUCCGGGGACGAGCUGCAUCCGCUGGCUCAGUGGUACGGUCUGCGAGAGUUUGUGGUCGUUGCACCGGUCAAAAAAUCCAUCUCCAACGAAAGCCAAAUCCGUAUCUUGAUGAGCUCGGUCCAUAUUGCUGUCGCGGAGAGUAGCUGCGAUGUGCCCGUGUUCGUCCAGGUCAUGGACAAGGUACAGAAUGUGUUCCUGGGCGUCUGCGAGUCCGGCUCGGUACGGUUGUCCUUCGAUAUCGUGCAUCUGCACCUGACGCCUCCUACCUGCAAGUAUCUGUCGGGAUUGCUGGAGGUGUUCAAGGGAAAGAUUGGCAUCGCCUACGUCGAUCCGGUGGCCGUCUCGGUACGGUUCACCUACUCGCUGUCCCAUUUCGGAACGAACGCGUACGUGAGCGAAAAGGUGAUCCCGUUCGCUGAAAGUGGCAUCGAAGUAGCCACGGUAUCGCUGCCCUUCGGUGUCGCUAUCGAUCCGCUGGCCAAACUGAUCGUACACUGCACCUGGCCCCAGGUGGCCGAUAAUGUGGUCGUCGAUUCGCAGACCUACUCCGAUUUCGAUCCCAUGACGGCCCCGCUGUGGAGCCUACGGGUACAGCUCGAAGACACUCCGGUCUGCUAUCUGGCCGACUGUCUCGGCGAGUAUCUGCAGAUCGUUGAUUCGCGCCGUGCCCUGACCGAGUACUUUAGCGAGCUGGCAUUCGGUGCCACACAGAACCUGCCCGGUACGCACAAUCCGCUGGAUCUGCUGACGGAAUCCAAGAUCCCGAGUCUCAGCUCGGUGCUGCCCACGAUCGGUGGUGGAAGCGGCGGUAGUAAGAAGCCCGCCAAACUCGAGGGCCCUCUGACGGACGAACAGCUGAAGGAUAUGCUGUACUAUCUGUUUCCGGACGCGGAAAAACCGUUACCACGCUGGCCGUACCCAGCCAGUGGACGGGCGGUCGAGUUCGACCCGCUGAAAAUCAAAUCUGCCGAUCCGGACUCCCUGGUGCACCGGCUGGCGACGCUGCUUGCACUGUGCAAUGCCUACUUCGGUGGAAAGCGCGCACUGGCACAGCUGUGGGCCGAGUUUACGCAGGAGAUGCGGUACCGCGUGGAACGCUGCAUCCAGAUACCGGGUGUUGCUGGAGGAUUUCCGGACUCGCGAACCUGUCUGCUGCACCAGAAGCUGCAGAUGCUGAACGUUUGCAUGGAGCGGCGCACGCUGCGAGAAGGCGGUCUGCCAUUUUCGAUGACCUCGGGCACGACCUCUGGCCCCCAGGGCGCCACCGGUGGCGCAGGAGGUGAUUCCGAUGAAGAGUUUUUCGAUUGUGAUGAAGAGGAACAGCAACGAGCGGCGGCUGCUGCAAGCGGUGAACCGGUUGGACGACUGUCCCGUCUGGGCAAGAUGCUACUGGUCGGUUCCGAUGAACCGCUCUACAUCCCCGUAACGCAGGAGCCCGUCCCCAAGACGGAAGAUCAGCUGGAAGAUGAUGCGGAAGUGUUGCUCAAACUAGGACCGGACAGUGAGCUACGGACGCAGAUGAUGAGCGCCUCGUUGCUUUCGGAUGCGGAAGCAUUCAAGGCGGCCAAUCCGACGGCCCAACUCGAGGACUUUAUCCGUUGGUACAGUCCGCGCGAUUGGAUCGAGGAUGAACCGAUCGAUGAGCAGGAUCCGUUCGGACGCCGGGGACACCUCAGCCCUCGGAUGCUCAUCCCUGGCAACACGUGGCGUACCGUGUGGGACAGUGCUCGGCCCGUCCCGGCCCGCCGUCAGAAGCGUCUGUUCGAUGAUACGAAAGAAGCGGAAAAGGUGCUUCACUUCCUGGAGUCGCGUACGAUCGGACAAAUCGCACAGCAUACGAUGGCCACACUGUUCCACGUGGCGCUCCUGACGGUCCUUCAAGCGGCCACACCCGAUCGGGCCGCUAUUCCACGGUACGGUGAAACGAUCGACAAGCUAACCCAGACCUGUUGCCGAUUGUCCCGGGAAAACUGGUCCACUGGCGGUGGUUCCGGUUCCGGUUCCGGUGGUGGUCCUGCCACGCGUGUUAGCUCCCAAACCAAGUACGAGCUGUUGCUGGGAGAGUUGAUGCAGCUGGAGUGCUGUGUGGCGCAGGUGAGAAGCCUGCGCGAGAAAUUUGAAAUGAACGCUGCUACUUUUUCGACCAGCACUGUCACAGCGGGCGAAAAGCUCGUCGAAAGUUUGCUUCUUGGAAACGAAAGUGAGCUUCCAGAUGGCGCUGGGAGUGAAAUCGCGGCGAAAAUGCUGGCGAUGUUUGCCGAGGCGAAACGGGCUGGGCAGGGCGGCGCGGGAACACCGUCGGAUUCGGCGGGAACCGCUGGAACAGGAAACGUGUCCCUGCCGGAUCCAGUGGAGAAACAGUUUACGUUGCGGCUGUGUGGCAACACCGUUAGCAAAGGACCCGGAACGCCGCAGUUCUUGAGAGCGAUUCUGAUGCCACAAGAGUUCCGUCUGUGCGGUGCAUUCAGCCGAAACACUACCUUCUACUAGCUCAUCGUGGGGGAUUCGGCGUAUUCCUGUAAUCGUUAACAAACAUUGAAUGAUAAACUUUAGUCCUGUUUGUAUCGCUUACUAUGAUAUUCAAUUAUGCAAUAAACACUACUAAUCACUGUUCAG